AUCAAGAAAAAUUAAAUUAAGCUUAGCUAUAAAGCUGUACAAAUAUAGAAAACAAUUUUAAAAAUCAAAUAUAGCGUACAAUACUUUUCAAACUCCAAAUAAUCAAUUCACUCAAACUCUUGCAUUGAAUGCAUUCUUAUUAAAAUAACCCCAAAUCAAAUCAAAACAAUUAAUUAGUCAUUAAACACCCUGAUUAUUACAGUAUUAUUAAACCCAAUCAUUCAUUCAAUCAUUCUUCCCCUUUUCUCUGUCCACCCCACAUAACUCAGAAAACCAGCAGAAAUUAACAGAGAAAUUGUACAGGAAGUAGGAGUUUUCACCAGCAUAGAAACAUCAAUUUUUCAGCCAAUUAAAAAGGUAUACUUUAAAUUUCUGCAACACUUACUUCUUUAUUUUAUAUUUUUCACAAAUCAGUACGAGGAAAUAUUAAACCCACGAUACCAAUUUGUAAUAUCCCGGAAUAGAAUUUAUGUACUCGUUAUUUACUUCCGAAUGUGUAAUUAUUUACUACGGAUAUACAUUUGGUUGUAACUACCAUUUCCAAACCUUACCCACUUCGCUUCGUCAGCCAUUUUCAGUACCUUCAGAUCUUCUCCCUCACCCUAAAUCUCUCUCCUCUGUUUUUAUAUAUCCCCGCAAAAUCAGUGAGAAUGUCACAAUAUUAACACUAACCCAUUUCAAUUAACCACCUUAAUCACAUUUCCCACCGCCUCUUUUCCUCCAUUUCCAUUGCCUUUAGAUCUUCUCUUUUUACUACACACAUUUUCUCUCUCCUCCUCUGUUUUUUAUAAGCACAAAAACUCCCAAAAAACUCAAAAAACCAAAAUCAACCCACAAAAAUCAUGCCGGAAAACACCCAAUCUCCGUCGUCUAACGGCGUUCAGAUCCGCCAGUUACGGCGUUUGCCGGACUUUCUUAAUAGAGUGAAUCUCAAGUAUGUUAAACUUGGGUAUCAUUAUUUAGUGACUCACUUAAUUACUCUUUGUUUAAUUCCAUUAAUGGCGGUAAUAUUAAUUGAAGUUUCCCAGAUGAAACACGACGACGUUUACCAGCUUUGGCUUCACCUUAAGUAUAAUCUUCUUAGUGUUAUUACUUGUUGUACUGUUAUUGUAUUUGGGUCCACGGUUUAUUUUAUGACCCGACCCAGAUCCGUUUACUUGGUGGAUUUCUCACUGUAUCAUCCACCAAGUCAGUUGAGGGUUACUUAUAAGGAUUUCGUCGAACAUUCCCGGUUAACCGGGGAUUUCAACGAUUCGUCUCUUGAAUUUCAAAGGAAAAUUCUAGAACGUUCAGGGUUAGGAGAAGACACAGUGGUUCCUAUAGCAAUGCACUCGAUCCCCCCGCGCCCCUCUAUGCAGGCGGCGCGGGAGGAAGCCGAGCAGGUUAUGUUUGGUGCAUUGGACAAUCUCUUUGCUCAAACGGGCGUUAAGGUUAAGGACAUUGGUGUACUUGUUGUGAAUUGUAGCCUGUUUAAUCCGACACCGUCUUUGUCCGCUAUGAUAGUGAACAAGUAUAAGUUACGUGGUAAUAUUAAGAGUAUUAAUCUUGGAGGAAUGGGGUGUUCUGCAGGAGUUAUCGCAAUUGAUCUUGCGAAAGAUUUGUUGCAAGUGCAUAGGAAUACUUAUGCUGUUGUAGUUAGUACGGAAAAUAUUACACAAAACUGGUAUUUUGGGAAUAAGAAAGCAAUGCUUAUUCCUAAUUGCUUGUUUCGUGUAGGGGGUGCGGCAGUAUUGUUGUCUAAUAAGCCUAGGGAUAAAAGCCGAGCCAAGUACCGCCUUGUUCAUACAGUCCGGACUCAUCGUGGGGCGGAUGAUAAGGCGUUUAAGUGUGUGUAUCAAGAACAAGAUGAGAUUGGUAAGACCGGGGUUUCGCUUUCUAAGGACUUGAUGGCUAUAGCCGGGGAUGCACUUAAGACUAAUAUUACUACGCUUGGUCCGCUUGUGCUACCUAUAAGUGAACAAUUGUUGUUCUUUUUUACCCUUGUUGCUAGGAAGUUUUUUAAUGUAAAGAUCAAACCGUAUAUUCCCGACUUCAAGCUUGCGUUCGAGCAUUUUUGUAUCCAUGCCGGAGGAAGGGCUGUGAUCGAUGAGCUUGAGAAGAACCUGCAGCUGAGCCCGGUCCACGUUGAAGCGUCUAGGAUGACGCUUCAUAGGUUUGGGAACACGUCUUCGAGUUCGAUUUGGUACGAGCUUGGGUACAUUGAGGCUAAGGGGAGGAUGAGGAAAGGGCAUAGAGUAUGGCAAAUAGCAUUUGGGUCUGGAUUUAAGUGUAAUAGUGCGGUUUGGCAAGCGAUGAGGAAUGUUAAGCCGUCACCUAAAAGUCCUUGGUUGGAUUGUAUUGACAGGUAUCCUGUUGAGAUUCAUAGUUAAUUAUAAUAAUUCAAGUGCACCAAUAUAAAGUUGAAAAAAAGUGGGACAAAUGUUCUUGUUAGACAACUUUUAGUCUUCUAUUUAUUUUUAUUAGUAUUGUAUUCCUAGUGAUUUCUAUGUUGUAGAAACUAGAAAGGGUGGAUGUGGGUGUUUAUUUUGUGAAAUGUCAACUUGCCAGCUUAUGAUCGUGCGCUUAAUGUUGAUGUUCUAUUCCCUUA